UGACAGGAGAAUAUCAAAUUACCUUUCCUGGAGAGGGCAAAAGUCACAAAAAAUAAUGUCACAGCUGAGAGCGUUUUCAAAUGUAAAAUGCCCAUGUUCAGUUCCCGUAGCGUUGAUUGUGUGAUCAAGGCACUGCAGCUGUGUGGUCAAGCCAAUUUGAUGAUGUGUUAGCGGAGCACUUAACCACAAUACCAGGGAUUUUGUGAACUGGAUUACCGACUCAGUAACGAAGAAGAUGAAGCUGACACGGUCGGAGCCACUGGAGUUUCUGUUCAAGGAUCUGGAAGUUAAGAUUGAGUCCAACACCAUCCUGGACCGAGUCAGCGGUGUAGUCCACAAUGGAGAGAUCCUGGCUGUCAUGGGGCCGAGUGGCUCGGGAAAAACGACAAUGCUAAAUACAAUCGCAGGGAGAACAACUGCACAAUCAGGGGAGAUAACUGUGAACCAACAGAAGCUGACGAAACUAUUGCGGCAAAGAAUGUGCUAUGUUCUGCAAGAGGACCUCUUCUUCUCCAAACUGACGUUGUGGGAGACUCUUUAUUUUGCGGCCAUGAUCCACCUGCCUGACAAGAUGCCUCGUUCUGAAAAGUUGUCGAGAAUUGACCAGAUCAUUGAUGCCCUUGACCUUGAGGACUGCAAGAAUACAGCUAUCGGAGAUCAGGCCCAGCGAGGUUUGUCUGGAGGGGAGAAGAAGAGAGCCAGCAUCGCCUGCCAGCUGCUCACGGACCCCGACAUCAUGCUGCUAGAUGAGCCGACAUCAGGGCUGGACUCCAGCACAGCCUACACACUGAUGCAGCUGCUGAAGAAGUACACUGCGGAGAGCAACAAGGCCAUCAUCGUCACCAUUCACCAGCCGGCCAGCCAGAUCUUCCACAUGUUCACAAGGCUUCUUCUCCUGGCAAAGGGACAGGUUGCCUAUUUUGGUGCUGCUGAGAAGACUCUAGAUUUCUUUGAAGGAGUUGGUCUGAUGUGUGAGCCACACUACAACCCAGCUGACUUUAUAUUGGAGACGGUGAAGAAGGACGAAGCAACAUUGCAGACCAUCCUGAAAGCAGCAGAGAACAAGAGGUUCACAGAGGACUGGCCAUUAGAACUAAGAUGGAAUACCAAUGACAGGAACAAAACCAGCGGUGCUGACUCUCCGUCCAUGUUGUACGAGUUUGAGGCGGACAACUCAGAGCCCCAGAAUGGCUUUAUUCCCGGGGGAAACACACAUGAUGUCACCAAGUCUGCCUGCGUCGCCAUCAACUACACAAAGAGAGAUCUGGAAGAUGGUGUUGAUGUGGAAUGUGUUAAAACUGAUGUUUUCUCCCCUGAAAGUAUGUCCCGGUGGCCAACAUGUUUCUGGACUCAGUAUAAAAUGCUCAACUGGCGGACAUUCAAGCAAUCUCGGGGCCGCAUCCUGUCCAAGUACGCCAUCUCCAAUGCCUUGGUCCUGGCCAUAGUGGUGGGGUUGCUGUGGUUCCAGAUGGAGCGCACUCACAAGACCAUCCGUGAUAGGAUGGGCAUGAUUUUCUUCACUGUGAUAUUCUGGGGAUUGUCGCCUGUGUUUGACGGGAUAACAUCAUUCCCUUCCGAGCGGCCAAUCAUCCUGAAGGAGAGGGCAGCGGGGUCGUAUCGACUGUCAGCGUACUACCUGGCCAAGAUGACCAGUGAGUUGCCACUUGUCAUUAUCCUGCCGUCCGUGGCCACCACCAUCAUCUACUGGAUGGCGGGGAUGAAGGGCGUGGCCGAGUUCUUCGCAACAAUGGGCAUCAUCAUUCUUAAUGCACUGAAUGGACAGGGAAUUGGUCUGUUAAUUGGUGCGUGGAUCUGGAACAUGCAACUGGCCUUGACCUUCACGUCGACCUCCAUGCUCACAAUGCUGCUCCUAGGAGGUUUCUACACCACUCAGUUUCCACCCUGGUUGUUCUGGGCCAGAUACGUCUCCAUCUUCAGCCAUCCCUUCAGUGCUGUGUGUAUACUGGAGUUCUCCGACACCCCACCCAUUCCAUGUGCCAAUGUGACAGUCACAGAGUACCCCAGAUGUGGCCAGAAUGGAACCGAGUUCAUCACAGCUGAGAUGUUGUUGAUAGACUCAGGCACAAAGCUGCCAAUGUACCUGUAUGUGCUGGCACUACUUAUUUUCACCAUCAUGUUCCGGAUCGUUGGCUACUGGGUCCUCCGCUUCCGGACCAAGCCCCACUGAUGCUAGACAGGCUCUGUACUUUCAGUCUUUCAUACAGUCAUAUGACCAAUAGUUUGAAUCCUUAAACAGUUCGGAUAUUACCGACAUUAUGCUAAGUCAGCAUUCUUCUGCCAAUCAAUGAAAAUCCAGUGACAGCUCGAUUACUUACAUUAUCAAGCCAUAACAAAAAGGUUUUUUUAUGAUCAGAAAUAUCUUAUUCCUGCAAUGUUGUCAAUCCAGACCUUAUUCAUAGCGGGAAAUACGAGCAGUUACUUCACUGCUAGCCAACUGAAAUCCAUAGAAUGAGAAUUUAAGUGCAAUGUGUAAUUUUGAACAUGGAAAGCAUAUGAAAUUAAAGAAGUUUGGGGUUUCUGGGGUGAAAAUACAUCUUUGUACAGUACUUUACAAAGACACUUUUGAUUUCUAACACUGACAUGAAAAGGUCUUUGGUAGAUGCUGAGAAGUUUGUGGUUCAUGAGUUCAGGAUAUUAGGAUGGGACGUCUGUAUAUAUACACAACGUUUCGAGGCUUUGUCAGGUGCAUGUCUAUGCUGAGAGGACAAGCAGUAGUCUCCAAGUGUUCAAGGAACAGUUGACUGUAUAUAUAGUGCAGGGGUUUACCUGGAGGCCUAGUAUUGGCCCCAAGUCUGCAGCGAAUGUUGCUAAAACUUCCAGAGUGGGAAAUAUUAAAAUUCCCAAUUCCUGUUAGUAUGGUUAUAACGUGAUGGCUUUGUCGAGGUGACAUGUAUUUCACUGAAGGACCCAUAAAUUAAGAGGCUUCAAUGCCUAAGUUACAUUAUUGCAUUGAUUGCGAUGUUAAUAUUCCUGUGAAAUUAUGAAAAUAUGAACUCUAAAAGAAUCCUACAAAAUGAUAGGGCACUUAGUUUGGAACUCUAGAUAAAUCUCGGCUUGUGCCUCUGAUAUGAAUAGUUCCACGAUUUAGGGCAGUGUCCCAAGUUACAGGGUCUUCUCUGGGUAUUCAUUGAUCAAUAUAACCGAUUUGUACAUCUCAUCCAUGAAUCAGAGCAUGAAUCACCAACAGAAAGUCCCGUUCCACAAAGUGAUCUUACGACUGUCAUAACUUGUACUUACAUCUCAGUUCAUUGACUGUUGCAUCGCGUAUUUACGAUCAUAUCAGUUCAUUGACUGUCGUAAUUCGUACUUAUGAUCAUCUCAUCUCAGUUCAUUGACUGUUGUAACUCAAGCUUACGAUCAUCUCAGUUCAUUGACUGUUGUAACUCUUACUUGCGAUCAUCUCAGUUCAUUGACUUUUUGAACUCGUACGUAUGAUCAUAUCAGUUCAUUGACUGGCGUAACUCGUACUUGCGAUCAUCUCAGUUCUUUGACUGUUGUAACUUGUACUUGCGAUCAUCUCAGUUCAUUGACGGUCGUAACUCGUACUUACGAUCACCUCAGUUCAUUGACUGUCGUAACUCAUACUUACGAUCAUCUCAGAUCAUUGACUGUCGCAACUCGUACUUAGGAUCAUAUCAGAUCAUUGACUGUCAUAACUCAUACUUGCGAUCAUCUCAGUUCAUUGACUGUCGUACCUUGUACUUGCGAUCAUCUCAGUUCAUUGACUGUCCUAACUCAUACUUACGAUCAUAUCAGUUCAUUGACUGUCGUAACUCGUACAUGCGAUCAUCUCAGUUCAUUGACUGUCGUAACUCAUACUUACGAUCAUCUCAGUUCAUUGACUGUCCUAACUCAUACUUACGAUCAUAUCAGUUCAUUGACUGUCGUAACUCAUACUUGCGAUCAUCUCAGUUCAUUGACUGUCGUAACUCGUACUUAGGAUCAUCUCAGUUCAUUGACUGUCGUAACUCGUACAUGCGAUCAUCUCAGUUCAUUGACUGUCGUAACUCAUACUUACGAUCAUAUCAGUUCAUUGACUGUCAUAAGGGGUCCGGACACCGGCUCACCUGCUGGCUUCAGGUAGAACCAGUGAUGCAUGGGCUGUACAUAGGAUUCUGGCAAAAACAGGACCCUGAUUAAUCCAGACUUCUGUCAAUACCAGACCACAUUUACUGCCCUGAAUAUAGCUUGCAACAUUAUCCUAUUUCUUUAUCUCCCGCUAUUUUCUCACAAAUCCAGACCUCUGCCUAAUCCAGACAUACCUGUUGGUCCCAAGGAAGUCUGGUCAUGACAGAUUCCACUGUACUGUGGAAUGCUUUUAGUAUUGUUGUUAUCUUGUAUUUGUUGCUUGGUCGAGAUUCCAUUGCAUUUAUUUCUUGUUAUUGUACCCUCAGAGGAAAAAGGUGUUCAUUUUUAAUCAUGAAGCCAAUGCUUAGCCGUUUUAUUUCUGUAGUAUUUCUACAUGUAUAUCCACCUUCAGUCACCCGCCCAUCUCACACGCCUACCAAUAUUGUUCAUAGUCACCAAGAAUUAUUAUGGGAUGUAAUUGGCUGUGCAGAGUUGCAUCCCUUGGACACGCCAGAAACCUAUGGUUGUGGGUUCGAAUCCUGAUUCACCCAAUUAUGUUUCUAGGUUUGUCAGCACCAUACCUGUGCUCGUGGGUUUCACCAAAGUAGUAAAUGUUUGAAACCUGCAUCACUUAGGGUUUCCCCCCACAGUAAGAUAACACGCACUCACUCACUCACUCACUCACUCAUACCAGUCCCUAUUUUAACACCAAAACCUACUUUUGUGUUUCUGUGUUUCAUUACAUUCGUUACUAACAUCAAUGAUAGAAGUCCAAUUAUGAAUCUACUGAUUGCAAAGGACAUCUCCGCUAGACAUUGACCAAGAAAAUCUACAACAGCAGAAAGAACCACCCCCUAAAAAUGCUCGAAAUCCAACUUGAUUCAGGGAAAACUGGUUCGGGCAGGCAGCAGGGUAGGGGUAAUUCCUGUACCGAAAGAUACAAAUGUUGUGGCACCAGUUCCACGGUUCAGAUGAUAAGCUUUUGAUAGCCUGUUGUGUAUGUGUAUAACCUAACGUAGCACUAAAACCAAACAUGCCAAAUUAUAAGACGACUGUCUGGCCAUGGCCUAUUUUAACAAAGAGUCGGAAUUUCUGACCUUGUCAUGAAUGUGUGGUUCUGCUGAUGGGGCAUGUCUAAGAACCAAAUAUGUUCCAUUGUUUCAGAACUGUUUCACAUCAGAUGGAGAUUCAAAGUGUUUCAGUACAGUGAUCGAAAUAAGUGCCUGCCCGUAGGCCUGUGGCAGGUAGAUAUCGUGUCGGGCCGUGGUUUUAAAAUUUGAAGGGUCCUUGUGGCCUAUAGUAAAUUUGCGUGUCGAUGUAUUUAGCACAUUAAGCUGCAGUUUUUUGUUUUUUUUAAGUCAGGGCCCGAAGAGUUAGGUCAGGGUUGCAGCUUCUAAAGAUUUGUGGGUCGUUAUGGCAGCCAGACAAUCUUUUUUAUUUCAAACACUGUCGUAGUAUCCUGUGUGUGUAGGAAACUUCCAGUUUUAUGACAUUUUAAUCAUUGUGUGCCCUGGCGGUGCUGUGUGAUACCGGUGACAAUAGAUAUCUCAGACUAUGAACAAUUGCCACACACUCUACCUUGAUUAUUGUAGCGCAUGGGCCCAGGGUAUUUAUCAGAAGUUGGAGAUAUCAUACCCUGGAUAAGCGAGGAUGACAGACACUUUGAACUAGUACUUUAAACCAAGUCUCUGUUAGUCAGUUGCUAUGGUUACAGAUAUUCAUGUUUUGCUAUGAGCAAGAACAAGGGAUGGUUGUCAUUUCUUUGUUGGUGCUUAACCAGUCACAUUAAAAUCAGAACUUGGUGCUCAGAAGCGACAGGAUGUAUAAAAUGUUCACAAGAAGAUAAUAGCAAGUUUUUUUUCAUUUGGAACUUCCCAAUAUAUUCAAUUUUGACUGAUUAAAUCGUAAAGCUGAUGUGACGUCCAGUGGAGGGGUUUCAUCAGAGAAAAAGAUCCGAUAUUAGUGAGAUUAGUGCUUUACGAUGUGUUGAAAUAUAAUGACACUGUAUGAAGACAAACUUUACAGUAUAACCCUGUUAAUCUGGACACCCCACUAUAGCAGAAUGUUGUUUUGUUUAUAAGUCUGCGUUUCAGGAUCUGGAAAGUAACUCAUUUUCUAUCCCACUUGAUUGUCCACAAAAGGAGUGUCCUCAAUAAUUGGGUUCCACUGUAGAGAGUGUUUUUGUGUCAGCAUGAGAACCAGCUAAAGUCCCAUUCACUCAAUCAGCUGUAAAAAACUCAAUAUAUCAGGUAUUGAAAAUUAUUAGGGAAGAGAAGUUAUGGAUGUCGACUUUUUUAUUAUGAGGAACACAAUGUUUCGGAGUAUAUGCCUACACCUUCAUCAGGUGAUGAGGGGUGGUCGGGUAGCCUAGUGGUUAAAGCGUUCGCUCGUCACGCCGAAG